AUGAGCAGAACUAAUACUGAUCUGCCACCGCUCAAGGUCAUUAUUGCUGGUGGUGGUCCAGUUGGCCUAACAUUUGCUCUCAAUCUCACAAUGCUAGUUGGCAAUAAAGCUAAAAUUACGAUCUAUGAAGGUCGAUGGUAUGUUAAUCAAAGUGGGAAAAUAUCAUGGAAAGGUGCAGAUCAAGGAAAUUUUCGCCGAAGUCAAGUAGUCACACUUCAAGAUCACGUCAUUUCACAAAUGCCUGAUUACAUACAAAAGGGUUUAUUUAAAGAAAUCAAUGAGCGUGUUUGGCCGACGUCUAGGAAUAUUCCUAUUGAAGAAGUUGAGGAUCGUCUAUUAGAUCUUAUUCAACCAUUUGCCGAUUCUGGAUGGGUUGAUCUAAUACCAGAAAAUUUACAUGAACAAAGCGUAUAUCUUGUUAAAGGACAGUUUGAUAUUGUAGUGGGCGCCGAUGGAGCGAACUCUUUAGUUAGUCGAUAUUGUAAUAUUCAAAUGGUUUCACAAGGUAUGGAAUACGCUUGUGGAGUGGCUUAUAAUAUUCCUGAGAAUGUGGCAGCCACAGAUGAGCCGUUGCAUCAAGCGCUAAAUUGUAUACUGACCGUUUCUCAAACACGUUAUCUUGUUAAUUCAUCAACAAGUCGUCGUGGGUAUUUAAAUAUUCGUUUAAUCAAAGAUGAAUACGAUGAAUUAACUGAACAUUUGCGCGACAUAAAAGCUACAACAACGAAUAUCGAUUUAGAUAACAAUAUUCAUUUUCCACACAGUCCUGUCUGUACUAUAAUUCGUCAAGGUUUACAAUUUUUCAAGAUACCAUCAAAAUAUGUUAAUCUCAUUGUACCGAUUCAAAUUAAUGUUCGACAUGCAAUGGACUUUUCGCGUGAAUUAAGCUAUCAAAUUGAAGCAGGAAAAAAAACGUUUAAAACAUCACUCAUGUUCCUAAUUGGAGAUGCUGCUAUGAAUGUUCACUUUUGGCCGGGUAGCAUGAAAGAAGCAAUGGCUUUAGCACGAAAUAUUUUUGAAGUUAUAACUAACGAAACUGAACGUUCAGUUCAAGAACGUUCGUUAAGCAUCAAUGAUUUUGUUGAAUUUGAAGGAUUUAUGGGGAAAUUGAGAGCAAGAGAACAACAGGGUCGUUCAUUGCGAGUUACAUUAAAUCCAAUUGAUAGUGCCAUUGAUGAGGCGUACAGUACAGCUCACCUAUCUAAAUGCUUCAAAACAUAUAACACUGGUUUAAAAACAAAAUUGCAGGCAACACGAAAUCGUCUGCAGCAAAGAGAUGAAUGGCCACAUAAGAAUCAUCCCAUUAUUGAUGCUGAACUCGAUAGUGCUGUGUCGCGUGUCAUUCAUACCAUUGUUGCACAAUUAAAUCUUGCUUUACCCUGGCCAACUCGCGAAAUGGGACGAGGUAGCGAAGUUUUGGUUGAAAAAACAUAUCCGCUAGAUCACAGCAAGUAUCUGCCUGUACCUACUCCUACCUUACCAAAAUCUACAGAACAAAAACACGUUACAACAACACUAGUAAAUUUAGCUGAAGAACGUAAUGUUAUUCUCUGGUUAAAAUCAUCGAAUGAUGUAUUGAAUAAUACAUUAAUUGAGUCAAUAGAAAAACCAAACACUCCAUUACGAGUAGUACGUCGAUAUGAAAUUUAUUAUGUUGAUAGUAUUGAAAAUGUAAAAAGUUGGCUUGAGCAACACAAGUCGGUAAUUACUAAAUCAGGUGUAUUGUUCAAAGUGAUAACUCCAUGGUAUAUUACAGAAGAUAAAACGGCUGUUGACGUUAUUCGAACCGUUCGUAGUUCCAUUGCUCAUACACCGAUUGUCAUUUAUACAAAUCGACGUGAAGAAACAAAUGGUGCUUUACAAUUUCCAAAUGUCAUGUCGACAGAUGAUAUGUAUGAUGUAUAUGAGUUUAUUGGAAUUGACUCUGGAACACAAUGGGCUGAUGGAUUUGCUACUAAAUCCAUAGCUCAACCACCACAAUCACCACGAUCAGAACGACAAUCAACAUGUGUUUUAUGGAUUGAUACAGAAGAUAAUGAUAUUGAAACAGCUGAUAAACUGAGACAAAUGGGUAUUGAAUUGAAAUUUUGUGCACGAUUCGACUCGGCUGAAGAUUAUAUUAAACAAAAUGCUGAUAAUAUACGUCGAAUGUUCUCAUUCAAAAUCAUUUGUCGCGGAUGUUAUCAUAGUGAAAAUAAUAAAAAUGCCGUUGAUGUACUCAAGUUAUUGGAUUCAUGUAAGCUAGAAUCCAUACCGGUUCUCACUUAUACACUUGAUAAAGAAAAAUUAAAAAGCCAUUUAAAACAAUAUAGUCGUGAUGCAGAUUUACUAACACGAAUACAGUAUGCUGAUGAAAGACGAGAAGUAAUAGCAUUUGCUACACACAAGAUAGAAUGA